UGCUUCGGCUGCUGCUUGUCACUCAUUGUGCCGCGGACACGGGAAGCGACAAGGACCAAAACUGAGUCCGGUGGCAGUUGUUGUCCCUGGAAAAGGCUGAUAUCUGUUCCCCCCCCUCAGCUCCGGAGAGAGACACCGCGUGUUUAAAGUGCGUCUGUUCUGCGAGGAGAAUAUCUGUGACAUUACAAUGCUGCAAACAAGGGACAUCCUCUGGGGACUGCUGUUCAUUGGCUGCGCAGCUGCCAUCCAGGUGGAAAUCACUCCGACGCAAGGAGAGAUCAGCGUGGGAGAGUCCAAAUUCUUCCUCUGCGAAGUGGUGGGAGAUGCUAAAGACAUAGACUGGUAUGCGCCCAGCGGGGAGAAGAUCCUUCCCAACAGGCCAGACAUCUUUGUGAGCCGCAGCGAUGAAUCCAUGUCCACCCUCACCAUAUACCAUGCCAACGUGGACAGCGCUGGCAUCUACAAGUGUGUGGCGAAGAACGGGGACAAGGAGGCCCAGGCCACCGUGCAAGUGAAGAUCUUCCAGAAGAUCACCUUCGAGAGCGCCCCGAGCCCGCAGGAGUUCAACGACGGCGACGACGCCGAAAUAGUCUGCGACGUGGUCAGUUCACCGCCGCCCACCAUCAUCUGGAAGCACAAGGGUUCCAAGAUCCAAGUAGCCAAAGAUGUUCGCUUCAAGAUCAUGGACAACGGCCACCUGCAGAUCCGCAGCAUCAAGAAGACGGAUGAGGGCAUGUACACCUGUGAGGCCCGGGUCAUGACCAGGGGAGAAAUUGACUUCAGGAUGAUCAAGGUCGUCAUUAAUGUGCUCCCCACCAUCCGGGCCAGGCAGUCAGAGGUCAACGCUACGGCUGACAUCGGUAGCUCGGCUCUGUUGGCUUGUGACGCUGACGGCUUCCCUGAACCCACGGUCACCUGGGCACACAACAACGUCGUCCUUGAAACGGGUGAUAAGUACAGCCUGAACGAGGACGGCUCAGAAUUGGAAAUAAAAGAUGUCACGAAAGUGGAUGAAGGAGAAUACACUUGCAUCGCCAAGAACAAGGCGGGAGAGAAGGCAGAGGAAGUCAGCCUCAACGUGUUUGUGCAACCCAAGAUCACCUACUUGAACAACCAGACUGCCUCAGAGUUUGACGAGCAAGUCACGCUGACCUGCGAGGCCUCGGGUGACCCCACACCCACCAUCUCCUGGAGUUUUCAGAACCGGGUGUUCACCGAAGGAGAGCAGAGCCUCGAUAGAAACAUUGUGGUUCGCAGCCACGCACGGAUCUCGUCCCUCACCUUGAAAAAUGUGCAGUUCACGUACGCCGGCCAGUAUCUCUGCACCGCCAGCAACUCCAUCGGUCAGGACGACCACCACAUGCACCUGGAAGUUCGCUAUGCUCCAAAGAUCCUGGGUGUGGUGAUGACGUACACGUGGGAGGGAAACGCAGCCAACAUCAGCUGCGAUGUGGAGGCUCACCCAAAGGCGUCCAUCGUUUGGUUCAGAGAAGACCUGUUGCUGCCCAGCGCCAACGCCACCAACAUGAAGAUCUACAACACGCCAACCGGCAGCAACCUGGAGAUUACCCCCGACUCUGGUGACUUUGGGAGCUACAACUGCACGGCAAGAAAUGCAAUGGGCACCGAGCACAAGGAGUUCAUCCUCAUCCAAGCGGAGGUGCCAUCAUCGCCAGAAAUUCAAUAUGUGGAACCUUUCUCGAGCACAGCGGUGGUCGUGUUUGAGGAGCCCGACUCCACUGGAGGAGUGCCCAUCAUCAAGUACAGGGUGGAAUGGCGUUUGCCCGGCCAGGAUUGGACUGGCAGGGAGUAUGAAGCCGACGACGACACGAGCAAGAUCACCAUCGUUGGCCUGAAACCAGAGACCACCUAUGAGCUCAAGAUGUCCGCCAUCAACGGCAAGGGCGAAGGCGAGAGCAGCGAGGCCAAUACUUUCAAGACGGAGCCAAUCCGGGAACCCAGUGCUCCCAUACUAGAGGUCAAGGUCCAAAACAGGGGCAAUUCUCUUACGGUCAACUGGAUCAAGCAGGACGACGGCGGUUCACCCAUUAAACAUUACCUGGUCAGAUACAAGGCUAAACAAGCGUCCGACUGGAAGCCAGAGAUCCGCCUCCCUCAUGGCAGCGAUCAUGUGUUGCUGAGCGGCCUGGACUGGAACACAGAGUACGAGGUUCACGUGGUGGCGGAAAACCAGCAGGGCAAGUCCGAGCCCGGCACCUACGCCUUCAGAACAUCCACAGAGCCCACUACCGUCCCAGCUACCCUUGGUUGCCAGUGUGUGACGUCCAGUCUGGCAGCUCUCCUGCUGUCCAUGCUCACUGUGCACUGGCUCUCAUAAACUGAUUUUGUUCAAGGAGAAAGAGGAUAGUCUGAGCCGGUGAAAUCUUUGGGCACGGACCCCUUUGCUUUCUAUGCCUUUUGACCCUUGUGCAGCCACACACAAGAUUAAAAAACGAUGAAGACAGGGACGCUGGAAGUCACCCAGAGUUUAGGGUGCUGAGAGAAAGUCUAUACAAUGCAUUCAUUGAUUUUUCUAUUCAUUUGAACGGCCCGCAACAUUUUAUACCAGUUUUAGGAAGAUUUUACACGGCAACAGGCAGCGAACGUAUUACUGCCACUAAAAUCUGUGAUCCCCUCAGCUCACGCUAACGUUAUCUGCUCCACAUUCUACACUUGUGCAUCAGGCCGCACAGAAAAUACACAGAAUGUUCUGAAAUCAAAUAUUACAGAAAAUAUCGUCCCAUGAUUUCUGCAUUGGGGACACCCAUAAAACAAUUGGUGCAACAUCUGGAAUUCAAACGAGCUCCCAGAGACAAUAACCUCCUACGUUUGCAGAGAUGAAGCAGUUAAAUUGAAUUUCUUAGGCCUACUACUGUGCUACCAUCAAAAUGGUAGUGCAGAAAAUAAAAAUCUAAACUUUUCUCUUAUUCAUUUGUAUCGUUAAAAAGGUUUUGCCUUGUAGUUACAGCCCCUGACCUGUAGGGGUUGCUGCAGCCCCCUCAGCACCCCUCCUUCCAGCGUCCUUGGAUGUCGAGAUAUUGGUUUCAUGAUGUUAUUACAGGGUGCUCAGUACUUGCAUUAUUCUCAACUUCUGGGGAUUUAGACUCUGUUAUUAUUCGUUUUCAUAUUUUUUUUUGGUCAUGUCUAUAAAAUGAAUAGAUCCAGAGAGGGAAACGUUUCGAGGGUUUUGUCAUCGUUACACGAUGGACAUGGGUGCUUCCUCUGAGAUACAGUGUGAACAGAGUGUUGCUGCUUUGUUUUAGAUACAGUUAACACAUUCAUAAUGCCUUAAUGUGAUCUCAAGAGGGGAGAUAAAUCAAAAGUAAUUACCUGACACCGUUUAAUCACGUGUCCACAGUGUUCUAACCAGUCACGGCAAUCGCAAAGAGACUUUUAUUUUGGAAUUUAUUGCCUAACAAACAGACACAUCAUUCUGAUCUUAUGUCAGAGACGACAUACGAGCAUGACAAGUGCAUGAGAGCUGACACUAGGCAUGAUCCGGUGUCCAUGAAUGUGCUUAUGCCGCUGCUUUCAACUUCCCCCCCAGUCGAGCAUUAUGAAUGUGGUAACUCAAGUGUUGAGUGCAAAUGCCGUGCCUAAUUUCUGUUUAUUAUCAUUUUUGUGUUUCUGGGAUCCAAGCUUGAGAAAUCCUGCUGGACAAAGAUGCAGAGGGAAAACAUUUUGCAGAGAAAUGUAGUAUUGAUUAUGGUCAGAGUACUCAUUUUUUUUCUGGAGACUUUAUUACUUGUCAAUAUUACAUAUUAUGCUCACGUUCAAAUACAUUGUUAUGUAACCGCCUUGUCAGAAGAGAGAGGUCAGAGGGUUGUGCAGAGAAACUAAUCAUGUUUUUGUGACCGUGUACAAACUCUUUUCACACUGAGAAACGCAAGAAGUCAGCUGUUGUUUCGACGGUUCAUUGUUCCCUUUUUACCCGGAAGCAGAGAAAUGUCGAAAAAGAAAAACGCUGACAUGCAACAGCUGUUAAAACACUAAAAAAUACUCAUCUUCAAUUAUGUGAAAUUAUUUUAUUCUCUGAGACAUUUUUGUAAGUACAUAUCAGUGUAUUUCCAU